GCAUCGGCUGCUUGCGCUGUAGGCCAUGCUGUCGGCUGUCCAAGUAUAAAAAGUGAUAAAACGCGGCAUAUUUUCACUGGUACGUGGACGAUACAUAUUGAGAGGCGCUUUUUAAAAGGUUAUAAGAUGUCUAGAAGUGUGCCACGUACUUGCGCGUUGAAUGGAAAACGUGGAGCUUUGAAAACUUGAAAUCAACUCGCGUGUUUUUGUUGUCCCGAUUGCCGUCCUGCGUGUUUUCAAGAGCCGGACGAAAUGGACACGACGGCUCCGUUGGAACCGGGCAAAAUUCGUCGUCUCGACGAAACGGUCACGAAUCGCAUCGCCGCCGGCGAGGUGGUCCAGCGACCUGUGAACGCGCUCAAGGAAAUGCUCGAAAACAGCAUCGACGCAAAGUCCACGAGCAUCCAAGUGGCGGCCAAGAGCGGCGGCCUCAAACUGUUGCAGAUCAUGGACAACGGAUGCGGCAUUCGCAAGGAAGACCUCGACAUCGUUUGCGAGCGCUUCACAACCAGCAAGCUGGUCAAAUUCGAGGACCUGGGAUCCAUCGCCACGUACGGCUUCCGGGGUGAAGCCCUGGCCAGCAUCAGCUACGUCGCCCGGGUCUCCAUCACCACCAAGACGGAGGGCUCGACGUGCGCCUACAAGUUGUCCUACCUGAACGGCAGGCCCACGGGCCCCGCCAAGCCCUGCGCCGGCAACAGAGGCACGCUGAUCGUCGUGGAAGACCUCUUCUACAACGUCCCCGCGCGAAGGAACGCCUUCAAGAGUCCCAGCGAGGAGUACCGUCGCAUAGUGGACGUCGUGAGUCGGUACGCGGUGCACAACGCGGGCGUCGCCAUGUCCGUCCGGCAGGCGGACGACUCCUCGACCGACGUGAGGACGACCAGCGAGGCUAGCACGCUGCAGAACAUCGAGUGCAUCUACGGCAAGAACGUGAGCCGCGAGCUGCUUCCGGUCGAGUGCGCAGACGCACACGCCAAGUUCAAGAUGAAGGGCUACAUCUCGAACGCAAACUGCUCUUACAAGAAGUGCACCAUGCUGCUCUUCAUCAACCACCGUCUCGUCGAGAGCGCCGCACUCCGCAAGGCCGUCGAGUCCAUCUACGCGCCGUACCUGCCCAAGAAUGCACACCCGUGGCUCUACCUGUCGCUAGAAAUACACCCAGCAAACGUGGACGUCAACGUGCACCCGACCAAAAAGGAAGUUCACUUCCUGCACGAGGAGUUAAUCCUGGAGAGCAUCCAGAAGGCCAUAGACUCAGCCCUGCUGUCGUGCGACUCCUCGAGGACCUUCCUGACGCAAGCAUGCCUUCCGCGCAUCGCGUCGUCCUCCAAGUCUUCCACCACGACCGCCGCGAACAAGAAGGCCGACAAGACUGGAAGUGGAGCGUCCACUUCGGUCGACGAGAGGCACAUGGUCCGUACAGACUCCCAGAUGCAGAAGCUGGAUGUCUUCCUGAAAAAACCAUCGCCGCAGGCUGGAAAGCAAGGCACGCCAAGCCAGCCUGCUCACGAAUCUGAGGACUUCGAAGAAGACGCAGCGGAGCGACCUCAAGUUAAGUUACAGAGCGUCAUCAACCUUUGGGAGGCCGUAAUCAAGAACAGUCACUCAGGCCUCCGGGAGCUGUUUCGUAACCACACCUUUGUCGGCUGCGUCAACCAACGUUACUCUCUGGUCCAGCACAAAACGGAACUCUACCUCAUCAACCAGCGGAAAGUGUCUCAAGAACUCUUCUACCAGCUGAUGCUCAAGAACUUUGGCCGAUUCGGCCUGUACCAAUUGUCCGAGCCUGCCCCAAUCUACGAGCUCGCGAUGAUGGCCCUUGGACUCGAAGAGUGCGGAUGGACUGAGGCAGACGGCCCCAAAGAGGAGCUCGCGCGCUACAUGUCGACAUUCCUAACGUCGAAGGCUGAGAUGCUUGACGACUACUUCUCUUUGGGCAUCAACGAGGCGGGCGAGAUCACUUCCCUUCCCAUCGUCCUCAACGACCACACUCCGCCAGUGGAAGGACUGCCAAUGUACGCUUUGCGGCUUGCCACGGAAGUCGAGUGGGAGAAGGAGCAGGAGUGUUUCGAGACAUUCUGCAGGGAGACUGCGCGAUUCUAUGCGGGACCUUCGGUAAGCACCAGUAGAGAUGACGACCCGAACAGCUGGAAGUGGGUGACCGAACACGUUGUGUUUGCAGCGGCGAAGCAAACGCUUAGGCUGCCUGCAGAGUACAUGGAGAACUCUUGUGUGUUGCAAGUGGCGAGCUUGCCUAACUUGUACAAAGUGUUUGAAAGGUGUUGAAUUUUUAUUGCUAAAAGGAGGGAACGUGUCUCAUUGUAACAGACAGACUACUUGAAUACAAUACUCUGAGGCACACGAGUUCUUGUAUUUGUAGAUAAAAAUAUGGUUGGGAAGUGUCAUAUGACAUCUGCCUGAAGAACUGCUCUAGCAGAGAUUAUUAGAGUCAUUUUCUGUCAUGGGCAGAUACUUGCAACAUGUGGCACUCGUGAUGUGAAAACAUGAACGUGUGUGCUUUGCAUGUUCGAACCAUGUAGUUAAACCAACAUGGGAAGCUUAUUCAUAAGGUCAUUAACUGAAACGUAUUGCCCCAUGAUUGCUGUAAGUUAUGAAUAAAGCUUAAAACUUUGAGAUACUUUGACACCCCUA